GUCUUUCGGUCGCCCCGGCGCACGGCAGCCUCGCGGGCAUUUAUAACGGGGAGGAGUUCGUGUUCGAGGAGAGCAGCUGGUACAUCGUGAACCUCCUCAAGCUCCUCUGGCACUACGGGCUCAACCCCCUGCGAAUGUACAUGUGGGUCGAGGACAUCCUGGACAAGUUCAUGCGGAUCUACCGCUACCAGACGCACGACUACGCCUUCAGCAGUAAUGAGCGCCUGCUUCACGCCCUCGGAGAUAAGUUCAUCAAUGAGGUGGUUUGUCCGGCCAUGAGGGUCAAUUAUGGGCAAGGUGUGAACAUUAACGGAUUCGUAGGUGCCGUUUCUCUGGCCGGGGUGGAAUCGGGCCUUUGGUCAGUAAAAGGAGGGAACAAACUGGUCUGCACUGGCCUUAUUUACGCCUCCAAAGCUGACGUUAUCCCUGGUACGGUUUUGUCUAUAGAGCAAAAAAUCAGACCCAGACGCACAGGGGACCCAGUGAAACUCUACCAGGUGACUUACAACACUACGUCGGGAGUAACGGGGGAUACGUAUGACAUCGUUGUCAUCGCUGCUCCGCUGAGUCGCAAAAUGGCCAGCAUCACCUUCAAGAACUUUGACCCUCCUGUCCCAGAGUUCCCGAAUCUUUAUCACCAGACUGUCACGACCUUAGUGCACGGACGAUUAAACACUUCUUUCUUUGGUUACCAGGACCCAUCUGCCUUUCAUUUCGGUGCCAUCUUGACUACGGAGAAUCCCAAACUCUUCAUCAAUAGCUUGGGAGUGGUGUCUCCUGUGGAAGACAAAGGUGGUGAAGGGAAGCUGCCCUUGCAAUCAGCCGUCUGGAAGGUGUUUUCAGAGGAGGUGCUCACCAAAGAGCAGCUUAACUUGCUUUUCUCCUCCUAUGACUCUGUCAAAGUGAAGAAGUGGUUGGCGUACCCCCACUACAGCCCCCCAGAAAAAUGCCCUCCCAUCAUCCUCCAUGACAAAAUCUACUACCUGAACGGGAUCGAGCGGGCGGCGAGCGCCAUGGAGAUGAGCGUCAUCGCAGCCAAAAACGCCGCCCUCCUCGCUUACCACCAGUGGUACGGGAACACGGACAAGAUCGACCAGGAGGAUUUGCAUGAGAAGCUGAAAACGGAGCUCUGA